GGGGAGGGUGGAGGGAGUUGGUCUUGUGGGUUUGGGGUGCAAACGGAUGAAGAGCGUGAGUGAAGAUGAGGCGGGGAAUGUAUGAGAAGAAGAUGCGCAAGAAUCAAGUGUGGGAAGUUGAGCUUUUGGUGCUUUUGAGUUCUGGGGGCUGGUUUGUGAAAUUGUUCGACAACUGCUAGAAGGUGGUGUAGGUAGAGGACGUGUAGUUGGGAUGGAUGUCGAAGCGCUUUUGUUUGUUCCGUAAAGCAAUUGCGGGUCUUGAGGGCACUUUAGGACGCAUUGUGUUUUUAUAUCCAAUCUUCAAAUCGUUUCCGUUUGGCGAGUUCCAUGAGGUAUCUGUCCGUAUCACUGACUUGGAAUAGGAUGAGCCACCAGUGGAAUUCAAAAAAAGCGACUUUGAUUGGCAAAAGCAGCAUAGAGAUCUAGUUGCCCUACGAGCACUUUAUGGAGAAUACCCAACGGAAAUCAAUCUUUCAGUAUGACUCGUUCCCCGCGCAUUGGGAGCACUACUAACAAAAGCCAGCACGAAGAGAAAAUCCUCAUAUCAGCUAAAAAAGCAGUUUCUUUAAUUGAAAACGCCAGUUCAGAACCAGAGUCCAUAAACAUCAACUUCCUAAUUCGUAACUUCGAUAAAGGAACAGCACGCGGAAGAAAAAACAUAGAAGACUACCUAUUCCAAUCCCUAACCUACACCAGAUCCAUGAAAGACCGAGCAAGAGACCACACCAAAUCCCUCCCGGCACGACAAGCAAGCGCAAAACUACAUUGCUACAGCGGGGUCCCAAUCCGUCACAUAGAUCCCACUCGCUACCAUGAUGUCUAUCCCUACGCCAUGUCCGUAGUCUACGACAUGAGGAAUUACACCGAUCACUCGCUCUGGGGACCCUUCCAACCGGACGGCGAAGCGAGCGUGGAUUGGGAGAAAAUGGAGGCUAUCAUGAUCGUUCUCGCUAAGAACCUGCAAAGCUUUGAGACUGCGGCCGAGAGAGCAUUGAGACCGCUUUCCAUUCAGCCUUGGCUUGGGUGCCAGAGGGAUAGUUUCAGAUCUCUUGAGUUGUUAGAUGAGCUUAGGCCAUCGGGGUUGAGACAUGAGGAGGAUCCUUACAACAUUUCUGGGUCUUGGAUGAGAGUUUGUUUCCCCCCUCUGCAAAUUUGCCUUUUUUAAAAUCUUUUACUUAUUUUGUGAUAAAUAGGCCGUCACAUUCCUCGAUUAUCAUGAGCUCUCAUACUACAACUGGGAAAUCGACCUCGAGAUCCCAGACGAUCAACCACGACCACCCAUCUCCACCGUCGAAGCCAUCCGGCUGAUUAUGAUGGAAUUAGAGGUCACGAGCGUGAAGCCUGAUCCAGAUCCUAAUCAGAAGAUGCCAGUUGUCACUUUCAAGGGGAUUUCGAGGUCGUUGCAUACUCCCCAUGAUCCGAAUGCGAAUUCGAAUAUUAGGGGUUGUGUGAGGAUGACGAAGGAGGGGGAGGUUAGGUGGACUACUUGUAGUGUAUACAAUGGGUAUGUUCCUUCUCUCUUUUGAAUCUUUGACACAACGACGAGGCUUCCUUUUUGAUUUGGGGCAAGCUGAGGGACUGGAAUUCUGAAUCUCGUGUUUGGCCACUUUUACUGAUAUAAUAUCUCUCCCAACAGCGAAGAAAGAUGGAAAAGCGAAGGCAUCCAAGUAGGCGGCGUCCGCUCAGCACGAGGCGUAAUAGGCCAUUGGUUCGACAAGUAGCUCUCCCCUUCCUUUCCCUCUUCCCUCCUACCCCUAUCCCAUCCCCUCCCUCUUUCGUCACACUAACCUCCGCCCGCACAGAGAUAUGGACAACCAACAAGGCCCCGCCGGACCCAGCAUGCACUGGAAAAUCAGCAACGAGAUCGACGAAGCGAAAGUAGAUGAAUGGAUCGAAAGCUGGGGUUCCGAUUCCGACUCGGAUUUCCAAGGACCUAACGGAGAUGACGAUGAAGGCGAUGAAGGGGGAGAUGGUGGGGAUGGAGUGGAAGUGGAGAAUCCGAUGGGGAUUGAUGAGGGGGUUUUGCAGAUUCCCGGGGGGAUGGGGAUGCUGUUUUUUACGACGCAUUUGCAGUAGGUUGUUUUCGUUGGGUUCGCUUUUGGUUUGAGGGGCGGGGUGGAUUGGGGGUGAUUUGGAGGCGGUAAGGGAGGGAUGGAUGGAUAAGUUGCUUAAGAUAGGAGGAUGUGAUAGAAUGGG